UUUUAGUACAAAAAAAUGUCAACUUGGCACAACUACUGAUCCUACCGAUGAAUUUACUUUAAGAUUUUUUUAUUGUAAUUAUUAAAAGAACGUGUUUGUUUCUUUUAGCUAAUAGCUUGCUAUUCCACCAGUGGUAAAUCAGCUAACGGUAAAAUCAAUGAAAGUGCCGCUGAUGCAGUGCACGAUUUACACGAUAGUGCCUUUGAAGUCUCGCCAAUUGGGUAAGAUGAUUUUCUCGUAUGUAGGUGAAAGUGCUGAAUUGGUCAACCAAUAUUUAUCCCGUGAAUUGGCUGUAGAAUUGACACCACAAGGUACAUUAGCUGAAAAAAUUAGAGCCGCUGUUGCUGGUGUACCCGCCUUCUUUACACCCACCGGUUAUGGUACUCUUAUCCAAACAGGUGGAGCUCCAAUUAAAUACAGCAAAGAUGGUAAAGUUGAAAUUGCUAGCAAACCAAAACCAGUACAAUAAUUUAAUGGCAGAAACUAUGUCAUGGAGGAGGCUAUGUUUGCUGAUUUUGCUAUUGUCAAGGCUCAAAAGGCUGAUCCCUAUGGCAAUUUGGUUUUCAAUAAGGCUGCCCGUAACUUCAAUGCCGCUAUGUGCCGUGCUGCUAAAGUCACCAUUGUUGAGGUCGAAGAAAUUGUGCCCAUAGGUGCUAUUGAUCCCCAUGAAAUCCAUAUUCCUCGCAUCUAUGUUAAGCGUAUCUUCAAGGGUACCAACUAUGAGAAACGUAUCGAAAAGGUACGCAUUACUGAGACUGACUCUACCAAGAAAUCGGCUCCCACACCAGCCCAGGCCGUACGUGAACGUAUUGCUAAACGCGUUGCCAUGGAGUUCCGUGAUGGUAUGUAUGCCAAUUUGGGUAUUGGUAUGCCCGUACUCGCCUCCAACUACAUCCCUAAGGGCAUGAAUGUUAUGUUGCAAUCGGAAAAUGGUAUUUUGGGUUUGGGUACCUUCCCCACUAAGGAUAAAGUUGAUCCUGAUUUGAUUAAUGCUGGUAAGGAAACUGUUACCGUCGUACCUGGUGCUUCUUUCUUUGGUUCCGAUGACAGUUUUGCCAUGAUCCGUGGUGGUCAUAUGGAUUUGACUGUUUUGGGUGCUAUGCAAGUGUUGGCUACUAGUGUUUUCAGGCUGUUUUCCAAGUUGAAAAGGGUGCUGGUCUUACUCUUCUUGAAAUCGCUGAGGGUCUUACCGUUGAUGAUAUUACCGCCUGCACUGGAGCUAAAUUCAUUGUUUCUCCCAAUGUUAAGAAAAUGUAUCAAAUUGAUGCUUAAGAAAAUGUCUCAAAUUGAUGUAUAAUUUGUUGCGUACAUUUGUUUUCUUAGCCAGAAAAUGGACUGGUUCUAUUUGCUGUUAUACCUCAAUCUCCUCCCCUUCGUUAAUAUUAAGUUAAAUACAAAAUGAAAUAUAAUUUCUUCUUAAAUUUAUAUUAAGUCGUACUAAGAUGUGAAUUGCAUUAAUAUUUCUUAAUCUACAAUGUAAAGUUAAAUUUAAGCGUGAUUAAAGAUUGCAUUUAUUUUAAUAUUAAAAAA